AUGUCUUCUCAUUCCACCAAGGAAAAGCUCAUAUGGGCAGCCAGUGGCCAGCAGCGGAGAAACAGGGAGGAUCCCCGAAACCAGUGGUCUAGGCAGCUGCUAGGAAUACCCUGCCCCAACCUCCUCCUGAGGCCAGCCAGGCUCCUCACAGCCUUCCCAGCAUAUCGUCAUGUCAGCAGCACCAAUGGAGAAAACCCCGGGAGCCAGAUAUCGCGAGAGCGCGGCCUCACGUUGGCGCCAAAAUCUGAUAGCGAAAAAGAGCAGCCAGGCAGCUCACAGAACGACGACGAGGUGUUGACCUCGAGUUGGCCCCCGAUCCACUGUGCAUUUCAAAGCAGACUAGGAGACACUUUGAACAAGCAAGCCCUCGCCGCUUGUCUGUGUCCUUCCCAGCACCUCAGGUGGAACUGGAGAUGA